UUAUUGCAUAUUUUAUCUUAUAGGUGUCAGAACACGAUGGUUGUUAGACCGCGGCAUAUAUGAAAAUUUCCGUCCGUGGGAUCAACAAAAUUUACGGAGCUUAAAGCUAAAUCCAGCCGUCCUCUUUAAGGUAAGAAAUGGACAAUAGAAACGGGAGUGAGAGAGAGAGAGAGAGAGAGUCCGGUGACCGCCUCCACCUCCGUCCCCACCAAAACCUCAAGAAUCCGUCGUCCAAUUGCUCGUACGGCAACCAACCACCCUCUCCUAAGUUUCCCCCCUCUUUAGUCUUUUUCUAUGUAACAGUCGAAUACCUCACCAAAGAGGAAGAAGGUGGAGAAACGAAACUGGUUGGUUGGGCAUUGCGAUCAUGGCCGCCAUUGAGAGGACGAGCGGCGUCGAUCUGGUGGCGACCGGGAGCCCCUCCACUGGCGGCGGCCGUGGCCGAGCACAGGAGCCCUGUAGCCCCAAGGAUCUGGCCUCCGCCUACGACGCCGCCGGGCUCCCCGUACUCUGCUAGUACCCCGACGGCUCGGUCGAUUUCCACUUGGAGCCUCUGCUGGAUCGGGGGCUAGCCAGGGACAGGGCUACGGCCGUGUCGGCAUUGGCGGCGCAGAGGCCCAAUGGCGUCGUCGUCUCUGGUAGCGAAAGGUUUAAGCGGGAGAUGAUGGAUUUAGAGGAGUUGCUCUCGAGGCUGAACCCGAUGGCGGAGGAGUUCGUACUCCCGUCUCUCUCGGGACAAGGGAAUUGGUGCGGCGCGGCCGGCGGCGGUGACGGAGGGUUUUAUGCCAAUGGUUUUGGGUGAGCAACCAAGUCUGGAAUGGUGGGAUGCGUAAGAAGAAUGGAUAUGGUGAUGGAAAGCAGCGUCGGAUAAAUAGCUGGACUAGCUUGGCACAGCGAGACGAAGUGAUUAGAAGAGCUGUGUACGUCUCAGACAUCGAUCAUCAAUCAGAACGGAGUCUGUGAUGUAUGUUUCUGCUUUAUAUUUAUGUCACUGAAGAACAGUUUGGAGCACAUUUCAUCAACUGCGGGCAGGUGAGAUACUUGUCUGCUCUUCAUGUCUCAUCAAAGAGCAUAACACUUCUAAAUAAAGUAUUGAUGCAGGUCGUUGAUGUGUUCAAGGACUGUCUACUGUACAAAUAUUGACAAGAAGGUUUCUCAAGCAGAUCUUAAACUCUUCUUCGAAUCUAUUUGUGGAGAGGUUUACCGCUUAAGAGUGCUUGGCGAUUGUCAACAUUCCACGAGGAUUGCUUUUGUGGAGUUUGUGAUGGCUGAGAGUGCAACCGCUGCUCUGAACUGUAGCGGUGUGGUCUUAGGAUCCAUGCCGUUAAGGAUAAAGCCCUUAAAAGACUCCGCGUGCGCCCGGGUUCACCUCAGUGUCCCAUGUGGUUUAAUCUUCGAGAGCUCCAGGAGGGUGGCUGACAGCAGUGUAUAUCCACGCAUACAGAUAUUUAAGGUUUCUGGAACAUUGGGGCUUUGAUAUUUAUCCACGAUCAGGCACCAAGACCUUCAGAGUGUUUCUACGAAACAAAAUAUUCGGCCUGCCGAGGUCUUUCUUAGUUUCAGAUUGUAUCUUAUCAGAAGGGUGAGAGGUGUUUUUGUUAUUUAGUAGAUUUCCAUUACACUAAACUAUUAGCUACUGCAUCCAGGACUCUCACGAGCAGUUAUUUGAACUACGCCACUUUUCUGGAAUCCCAUGUGUGAUUGAACUUGGUA